CUCCCGGCGUUUUGGAGUCCCAACCGCAUUCAGAGCCGCGCCUGGAGGGUCGGCUUUCCACCCUCGUUAGAGUGGAGAAGGAGCAAGAUGAUGAUUCAUGGUGAUGGCUUACAGGGUUGUACACAAAACGAGGCAUGUGGGACUGCAACAACUCUCAUCAUUUGCAGAAACAGGAAGAACUUUCCUAGGCCCAGUGAAAGCCACCAAAUUUGUUGUUGAUGGACAGGGUUGUGAAAGUCUGUUAGUCAGCUCUGCAGUAAGGCUUCUUGAAAGUUUGGAUUUAAGCAGUGCAGCGGGACAGCUUCUCAGUGAAGCGGUUCAAGCACAGAACAGCGCAUACAAAACUGGGACCACCACUCUCUUGUUUCUCGUCGGUGCGUGGAGUAGAGCUGUUGAAGAAUGUCUGCAUAUGGGUGUCCCGAUUCCCGUAAUAGUGUCAGUGAUGUCAGAAGGCUUGAAUUCUUGCAGUGAUGAGGUAGUUUCCCUUCAGGUGCCUAUCCACAACGUGUUUAACCAGAUGGACAGCACAAGGACAUUUUCAGGACUUGAGACAUUCAGCAUCAGUUUGUCACCUUUUGUGCAAGUUCCCCCAGACACUGGUUUGAUACAGGAAAAGCAAGACCUCAAAGGUGGUACCUCGCAGCCAUCAGCCAUUUCCAGUCUUUCUGAGAAGUCGCCUGUGAAGUCCCCUGAACUCUUCAGGACCCAGGCGGAGGUUGGAGUUGAUGGAAGCACAUCACCAGCUCUGAAACACAGGCUGCGCCCUCACCCCUGCUGCCAAAAGUCAGUGUUAAGACACAGUAGGCAUUUUAAUAAGACAGAUAAUUGGUGGAUACACAAGCCAGGUGGAAUCCUACAACAUGGCGUGUCUACUCCAUGCACUGAUUUGAUGGAGUUGGCAGUGGGCUUGAGUCACGGAGACCACAGCAGCAUGAAGCUAGUGGAAGAAGCGGUGCAGCUGCAGUGUCAGACUGCAUGUGUGGGACAGAACAGCCCUGCUGCGCCAUUCGUGUUUGACAUUUCAAGAAUCUUCACUUGUUGUCUGCCAGGUUUACCCGAAGCAUUUUCUUGUGUUUGUCCAGGAUACAUCACUCAUGUGUCAGUAUCGACUGCCGCUCUGAUCGAGGCAUUGCAGAAUCAGCCAGUCCGGGUAGUUCUCAUUGAAGGUGACCUCACUGAGAAUUAUCGCCAUGUAGGAUUUAAUAAGUCUGCAAAUGUUAAAACAGUCCUAGAUGGCAUGAAACUUCAAGAAGAUAGCUCAGAAGAACUGUGGAUGGAUCGUGUAUUGCAGGUAUUAACCCAGUUUGAUGUGAACCUCCUACUGGUCCAAGGAAAGGUAUCUGCACAGUUAGUUGAAAGGUGCAUCCACAGUAAGCGGUUGGUAAUUGGGUCUGUGGACAGCCAGGUGAUGCAGGCUUUUGCAGAGGCUGCAGGAGCUGUCCAGGUGGCUUAUAUUACACAAGUGAAUGAAGGCUGUGUGGGCAGUGGGGUCCACGUGAGCACCUGGAGCAGUCCCUUGGGCGUUCUGGAUAGGAGCAACAAAAGAGCAGUCAUGUUAAAUAAAGAAGGAAUGAAUUUGGUCACAGCAGUGCUCACCAGCCCGGUCACUGCACAGAUACAAGCCAAAGAAGACAGGUUCUGGACUUGUGCCUAUCGUUUACAUUGUGCUCUAAAAGAGGAGAAAGUCUUCCUUGGAGGUGGUGCAGUUGAAUUUUUAUGUCUUAGCCAUCUUCAAAUUCUUGCAGAGCAAUCUCAGAGAAAAGGAAACCGUGCCUGGUCGGGAUGGCUUCCUAAUACUUCCUCUUGGUUAGCCUCAUCUCUGGCAGUAUACGGACCAGCUGUGCUCAACUGCCUUGCAAGCGGGUGGCAGAAGUACCUUUCAACUCUUAUCUGUAACACUGGUCAGUACUCGUCGCAAUUUGAAGCCAGCUCACUCCUGCAGCAGCAUCUACAAAAUGCCAAAGAUUCUGGCUCUGCUUCGUCAUAUGUCCUGAAGAAAUACAGUGAAUUAAAUAGUGGAGUUUUCAAUUCGGGGAUUUCAAGUAAACUGGAGCAGAUUACAAGAGUUUAUGAUGUUGUUACACCAAAGAUCGAGGCAUGGCGCCGAGCAUUGAAUUUAGUCCUCUUGGUGCUUCAAUCAGACAGCGAAAUUAUUACUGGUCUUGAAUACACUCAAGUAAACUCACAGGAAUUGGAGGGCUUUUGCUUUUUGUAGUAUUAUUAGCUAAGUCUUAAUAAAAUGCCCCCUCUUGUGACUUUUAAUGCUAAUAAUAAAUUUACAUAUUAGUAAUCAAGUUAUAGUGCCUCAAAUGACAUUGUUGCCAGGAAAAGAAUAGUCACUAAAAUGCAUAGGCUGAGAUUUUACCUUUCUUACGAGCUAACAAGUUAGCCUAUUACUGUUUUGUAGGUUGAAACACAAUACACAAGAUACCUUGGCCAAAAAUAAGCAAAGACUCUAACCAGAGCUUUCUACGGGCUUUCAGUUUCUCAUUUCCCUGAUUCCCACAGGAACACCAGCACGAUGGGAACCUGCAGACAGUGAAUUGUAUUGCAGGAAACGAACAUGGAACUUCAGAUAGUCACACUUUUAUGAUAAGCCGGAACAGUCCUGUUCUUUGUCCGACAGGAGUUGUAACACUCUCAGAUUUGCUUAGAGCAAGCAUAAGUUCAAGAUAUGGACCAUGUUCUUGUAUUUUGGGCAUAUUCAAUAAGUGUGCCAGGGUGCUUAGAACCCAUAGUGGAUAAAUUCUUCUGACACUCCAUGGCAUUUUAUUUUAGGCUGGGAUUGGCAAAAGAUCCAGUGGAAUAAUCUAAAAAAAUCCCUGAAAAUAAAUGUAAUUUUGAAGAUAAGGAUAAUUGACCUCAGGGAAACCAAGUUGGAGAAAGAGAAUCUUUCCAAGCAAAUUUUUCAAGCAGAGAAAGGCUACCCAGAAAAGGCUCAAAUUUUCAGUCUUUCAUCAAUAACAGGCUAGAACCCCAAAGCUACAAAGUUAGGAAAUCAGCCCUGGCCCAGUCCUACCUCAUCCACAGGAGUCCUCUCUUUCUAUGGUUCCAUAAAACAUCCCAAUUAUUUGAACACGAGGAAAGGUGAAAAGGCUUUUAAUGUCAAAUGGCCUUAUUAAAAGAAAAGAUUAAAACAGACUUAGUCCUUUGUGGCUGCACUAACGAACUAUGAAGACUAGGUGAUUUGUAAAUAGUUUUGGAGAAUGGGAAUCCAAGAUCAAGUGCCCUGACCUGGCUUCAAGCGCUCUGGGCAUUUAGGAAUGAGGUAGCACUUGAGAAUGUUGUCUCUCCCCUUCCCAUUCCUUUUUUUUUUUUUUUAAUUAGAUGGGAGAUAAUGGGUUAUCAAAUGAGAACUCUCCAAAAAAAAGUGGGGGCGGGAUCUGCAUGCAGCACUUUGGGCUAGAUCACAAGUAACAAAAGAGCAAAUAGAUGCCGCAGAAAAUGCAGAAGGAUUUUGUUGUUUCUUAGCACAACAAAGGGAUUUAUUUCUAAAAUUCUGUAAGAGAUCUUUGAAAUGAUUACUUACUUUCCUAGGUAAAGAAUGAACCAAUCUAAUGUGAGAAUCACCCUCCAAAAUUUUUUAUUUUUAAUAUUAUUUAUGUAACUGAGGGAUGCAUGUCCAUGUGGGCCUCUGAGUAGGGUAGGGACACUCAGGUAUGGAGGAAGUGGCUUUUUGUUUGUUUUUCUUUUUUCUCCUUUGUUCUUGGGAGGAGAAGAGGGUCACUCCUUGCUGUUGAACUACAUCAGCACCCAGGGAUGGGAGAGAGUCCGUUGAGACCCCGAUGUAAGGAAGAGUAUUCUGAGGGUGUUACUUGAUUGAGAUAUUACUGCUUUUGUUGCUCCAGGGUUGAGAAAAGCUUUCCAAGUCUACUGGGUGACCAAGGCCACUUGGUGCAGCCACAGACCCGAGAUCAUGCUGCAGAGCUUGGCUAGGAAAAUUGUCCAGCAUGUUCUGCUUUCCAUUCUCUGAUGAGGCAGGUGUUGUCCCUUGCUGGCCUUGAUGAGCAGACCAUCACGUUUCCUCUGCAUUGGCUUCAGUGACUGCGGAGGCCCAGUCCUGAUCCACGCACUCCAAGCAUAUUCUGUGAUUCUCCCUGUGGUCAGGGUCUCAGUCCAGCAGUCUAGGUGGGUAGUACCCCAAGAAACCUUGCCUGGGGUAACCUCAGACUUGAGUCUGAUGUGUGCCAGCCAGUGCAAGGUCAGGUAAAAUCUGUCACCUCCAUCAGUCCACACACAA